AUGACGCAAAUCAACCUGCCUCCCGAUCUUCCUCCCAUCCCCAACCGCGGCAUGCACAGAGACGUUGCUCAACAUGCAGCACCUACCAAUGAUCGCCUCAUCGUCAGCUGCAGGAUGCCGAGCGGCACCACUCAGCAAGACACCAACUUGAUCCUGGACAACAUCUGCCAGCUGCUGUGUUUGGAGAUCACCAGCCACGCCCCCUUCCAGGAAGACACGAGAGAUCAAGCCGCGUACCAUGUUGGCUGGCACGAUGCAAUCCAUUCCCUCCGUCAUCUGAUCCUCUCCCGCGACCAUAGUUCGGAGGCUCGGACUCGCAUCGACGGCAUCCCCUUGGCGCCGGAGUUCAACGAGUCCGUUUCUCUGUCGGAUGCCACCGACAUGCUCAUGUCGACCUUCCAGCCGUUCGCAAUGACUCCGUCCAGUCCCAUCUCGAGAGAGAUGGGAAAGAAGAAGGAGCCCCAGGCCAGCCUAUUUCCAUCUGGCGGCUUGUUCUCGCCCGUCUCUGUUCACAGUCGCCGCCCUGACGGACCUUGCGACAUGAGAUUUCUCAACGAGGACGUGCCGUCCAAUCGCUCCCCCUUCAACAGCAGCGACUCGUCGAGCACCCCUUUCAACACCCCCUCCAGCUCGGCCCUCAGCUCUCCAAUCGACACCGUCCUUCGCAACGUCCUCACCGCCCCCCGAGACCAGUCCGGCCCCGAGACCAACCGCCUCAACCAAUCCAAAAUCAUCAAUGGCAUCGAUACCACCAAGCUUCUCAUGCUGUACGAGCGAGAGGCUCGGGUCUCGGAGCACAGAAUUAUCACCGAGCUCGCCAGGUCCAACAUCCUUCGGCAGUCCAUCCUGCAGGACCGCUUCUUCGGUAACGUCCCGUCCUUCGAGACAGAUGCCGUGGAAGUCGAGGAGUUCGGCGCCGAGAUCAACGAGCCCUUUGUCGGCGCGCCGCAGCAGAAGAGGGCGAUCAGCGAAGCUCGACAAACGUUUCUGGAAUGGUCCCGCAAUGAGCCGUCCUACAAGAGGAUGUUGAAGCCGUCCUUAUACCAUCCUCCCGAGACGAGGAGACAACCGCGCACCGGCCCGACGCCGGUAUCAGCCUCGACAUGCAAUCUGUUCGGCAGCAGCAGUACUUCCGGCGCCGGCUCCAGCAAUUCUUCAACCGGUCUGUUCGGCGGCCGAUCCUCCUCGACCUGCAAUCUGUUCGGCAGCAGCGGCACUUCCGGUGCCGCUUCCAGCAAUUCUUCAACCGGCCUCUUCGGCGGCCGAUCCUCCCCGAUGCCCUGGACUUCCGGCGCUGGCUCCGGCAAUUCUUCAACCGGCCUGUUCGGCGGCCGAUCCUCCUCGCUAUUCGGCACUUCUGGCGUCAGCUCCAGCAAUCCUCCGACCGGCGGCCUGUUCGGUGGCCCGUCCACACCGAUUCCUGCUCGUUCCAGUACCUCUCGAGAGGCUGAGGUCGGUAUUUCUGGCGUCAGCUCUGGCAGUUCUUCGACCGGAGGUUUUUUCGGAAACCUGUCCGCGUCGAUGCCUGCUCGAUCCAGUACCUCUCGAGAGAUCGGUAUGCCUGGCGUCAGCUCUGGCAGUUCUUCGACCGGAGGUCUGUUCGGUAACCUGUCCGCGCCAAUGCCCGCUCGUUCCAGCACUCCUCGGGAGACCGGGUUCGGCACUCCCCUCGUCAACUCCAGCAGCUCUCCAACAGGUGUCGUCUGGGGCGGCCUGAACGCGCCGCUACCUGCCCAUCUCCAUCCCGCCAAAGACACCGACAUCGAGAGGGAGAUCAGAGCAGAGAGCAUCGUCUGUGGACCCACCUUGCGCGUCCACAUCAACAUGUUCGGAACCGAAACCUUCUCUCGCAGUCUUCUGCCCCAUCUUCCCACAGUCGGCGGAUGCAAGCCUCAGCCCGUCGGCCGGUUUCCAUGGGAGAGAUCUGCACUCCCGAGCGAUACAGACGGGUUUAGCACCUCCGACUGGGCCGCGUCCUGUCGCAAGCUCCUCGCGCUGGAACGAGCAGAGCUCCUCGCCGAAGAGAGAGAGAGACUGCGCUCUCUAAGCCCGGCUCGCACGCCAACGAGCAGCAGCAUGCCUGAACGCCUCUCCCCGUUCGGAGAACCAAGGAGAAAGGACGUUUUUACUCAUCCUGAAACUGGCCUUGUCCCCGUCAGUUCAUCGCUACCCCUCGGAAACGUCACCAAAACCGACACCACCGCCUCGCCCGAGCCCGUGGAGCUGCCUGCUUCCACUAGCUUCGAUCGCAACGCUCCUCCCCCCGAGCCCAACAGCGCCGAGUACGCCGCCAACUCCGUGAAACCCCUGUUCUCCCAGAUUACCCCGUCUGACGCCCCCAAGAGCCCGUCAUCCCACUCUCUUCGCAGCCGCCGUGGUGAAUACGACGUCAACCCCCUCAUCAACCUCCAGACGGCGACUCGGCCUCUCCCCUCCCAACGCCCAGUCGCUGCUGCGGCCUCGCGACACAGCCCGUCGAUGACGCGCUCAGAGCUGCCGCCUGCGGGUCUUUCCUCACCCACUUCGCUGGCUAGCAUCACAUCGUCCACCCCAAGCUUGUUCCAGAUGCCCGGCCAGUUCCCCAUCCAACAAGAUUCCCGGCCGGUUCCCCUGGUCGAGGUGCCCACGGACCAGAGCGAGGAGGAAGACAGCGAGCUGCCCAAGAUCGUACUGACGUCGGCCGACUCUUCGGACAAUGAGGAGGAAGACCUGUGA